AUGGGUCAGGGAAGCUCCAAGAAACAGGACGGCGUUGGGGCGCACCUGCGGGAGCAAGCGAAGCUGAUUAAGCGUGUUCAGGAGUACCUCAAAAAACUUGACAAGUUGCUCGCAGAAUGGGAGAAAACGCACCGCCGCAUCGGCCGAGCGACAGACUCAUUCUUUACUGCCGGGACGCCGUACAGGGAGAGUACGGUCGCCAUAGUGCAGCAUAUGAAAAUCUUCGAGAAGGCACGUGCGGAUCUGCGCCCUCAAAUCGUGGCCGUCGGGCGAACUGCCACGGAGCUCUUGAAGAAGGCCAAAAACAUUGAGAAACUGGUGGACGAUCGAGACCAGCUUUCGCGGAAAGUUACCGCACGCAAUAAGAAACUCACCCGACUGAAAUCGAAAAAUUCGGAGUGUCCAGAUGCAAAGACACAGCGAGACAUUCUGAAGGCCGAGGAAAAGCUGAGCGCCGCGAUGAAUCAGUACAAAAUGAAGGAAAUGCAGGCGCAGUUCGAGACAAGCAAUGCAAUGAACACCAAGUACCUGGAUGCAGCUACGCUGGUCCACAGGAGUGUGUUGAUCGCCGUGAACUUCCUGCGUAUGACAACCCCAGAAAUGCUCAAGGCAGAAGCGUAUCUCGGAGUUGUGCAGGACGGUACUAGCUUACCUUCGAUUGACCGAACGAGUAGCGGCCAGCCCCUAUUACUGCCCCUCGGGGGGAUUUCUUCGAUCUCACCGGAUCCGGUACAAUCUCAGACGCGUCCUGUUUCUCCUGGUAAUGGAUUUUGUCCUGUCUUGCCUACUGCUCCGAGCUCACCGGUGCAUGUCGGUCCGAGUAUUUGUCACGGCAAUGAAUGGGGCCCGAUCCAGUCCCCGGUUGCUCAACAAGAGGGGGCGGCGGGUUCGAACGGCGUCACGAAUGGGCACUUGGCAGGUACAACUUCACGGGACGAUGUCCUGGGGCGCUCGAUGGACUCGAGCUGCAAUGAAACCCUGCAGCGCCGGGUCCUGACUCAGAAAUACACAGAGGGUAUGGUGCAGAUUGCAGAACCUCGGAAUCCGUUCGACGCAGAAUAG